GUUUAUUCUUCGCAACGCUUGCACGUGUGUGGCAGUGCGGAGCUCUUGGAGGUGGCUUGAGUAGGGAAGAUUGGAAACGACCGUCUCACAGCCGGACUUGCAUGUGAAUAUGACAUGGAAAGUCGUCUCUAAAAUGAGUCGUGCAAUCGUGGUUUUCUCUCUCGAUUAAAUGGUGCUAGUGAUUGGUUGUUGAGCCGCGAGGUUUUGUCGUUACUGGAAGUAAUUCUUGUACACAAAGCUGUGUUUAUUCUCCUAAUGAGGCUAGUCUCGGAAGACACUCCUAUACAUUAUGAACUUCAAGCUCAACGAAUUGCCUUAGUCUUGCUCAUAUGCUUGACACUAUCUUCUCUUCGAUUCCCACAUUCGACCUUUUCCCGUAGACGAGGUUGCGGGAAGUAGUAACUACGUGUUCAUAGUACUUGUGUGGAUCUUUUUUGUGAGCUUUGAAGGAGGUAGCCCCCCUUGCGAGACAAACAGAAAACUGUACUGGGGACGUGCUAUGAGUGGUUUUGUACAAUUCCUUCUCUAAGCGGAGACCAGUCAUUUUGAAAACACUCUUGUCUGGCAGAGGACCUCUCAUUUUAUCUCGGACGCGUGCAACAUCUUUCGAGAGCAGAUAGCACUGCCAUGUGCAACUGUCCAGUUUCUAUUGUCUCUUUUAUUAUAGUAAAGUUCAGCGCAGUUGUACUAGUGCCGAACUAGUUGAACGCACCGCAAACCUGUUGGGCAUCGAGUACGCUGUUUGUUGCAAGUAGAGUUUUGCGAGCAGACUGCGCAGUGCUAUAAAAUGUAUUUUCAGUUUUCAUGGAUUGUUAUUGCCGUUUUAGCUACGUUAUGCAUUUCACUACUGUGGCCAAAGAAACCAUUCAUGUCCAACCUGCGAGGAAAGCAUUUAUUCCUUACAGGCGCCUCAAGUGGCAUCGGCUUGGAGAUAGCUAAGCAAGCUCUACGAGAAGGCGCGUAUCUUACUCUUGUCGCAAGGAAUGGCGAGAAAAUGGGUAUAAUCGCGAAGUCUUUGCUCAAGCAGCUGGAAUGUUCUCCGGAGCAAGUGCUGGUGAAGGCAGCAGAUGUGACCAAUUACAAAGAAAUAUCCAAAGCCGUGAGGGAAUCGUUUGACUGGCGACCCAUCGAUAUAUUGAUCAACAAUGCAGGGCUAACAAGGAGUGGUUUUAUGGAGGACUUCACCGUAGAAGACAUAAAUGUAGUGGUGCAAACCAAUUUGCUCGGCUCAGUGUAUCCCUUGCACGCUGUGUUACCUCAGCUCAAGCUGCGAAGCCGUGACCACCCCAUAUCCAUCGUCUUCCUGGGCAGCUUGGCGUCCUUGUGCUGGUUGUAUGGAAAUGGAGUAUACACCGGAACCAAGUAUGCAGUUAAGGGAAUAGCGGAAAAUUUGCGGCUGGAGCUCGCGCCUUAUAAUAUGCGCGUGAAUUUGGUGUGUCCAGGUUUCGUCAAAACAGCUUUUUUGGAUUCUGUCGACAAUGAAGAGGAGCUGACUUCAGGAAUGGGGGUGGCCUCUUUUUACAAUCGAAAAUCCGCUCAAUCCCCAGAGACCGUCGCAAAAAUUGCACUCUCUGGCAUCAAGAGGGGCACAUUCUUGAUCACCACUACCUUUGGGUUGGGUCCCAUUCUCGUCAUUCUCACUCGGGGAUUUGCACCGUCCGAGUCUUUCCUAUUGAACCUGGUUGAGGCCCUUCUGGCUGGUCCAGCAAGGAUUAUCAGCUACUUCUCACAGGCCAAGAUUUAUUGGAGCUUGAGAAGUAUCCACCGCAAGUACAACCACGACAGCCAAUGAUUCGAUUGAAUUAUGCGCUUUUUACAGCAUCGCUGCAUGGCUAACACGCAGCAUUAUUUCAAAAGGGUGCUCUUGUUAUAUCCACUGCAUCAAAUGCGGUGACUUACAGCAGAGGGAGAAUACCCACUACUAGUGUGGCUGCAGUCGCCCAUGAAUUAGCAAUGGAGAAGGCAUACCUUAUUGGUUUUUCAUUGGCACACCCAUCAUUGUGCAUUGCAUUAUCACAUGCAACUCAUUUCAUUUUAAUUGGCUCAUUCUUUGCAUGGAGUAAUUGUGAUAUUGUUUUAUUGCUACAAGCAAUUUAGUGAUCAAUUUAGUGAUUCAUAAACAUACAAAUAUAGAUAGAUAGAUAGAUAGAUAUGCAUAUAGAUGUAGCAUUAGCUUGAUUUCCUUGGAUGUAUACUCAAUUUAUAUACAGCUAAGCUGUCAGUCAUUUUCACUCCUCAUAGAACUAGAGAAAUCACAACCAAUCAAAUUAUCUCAAGCAGAGGUACACAUGAUAAAUAAAGUAGCACCAUCAACCCAGAA